AUGGCAAUGACAGACCUCCAGAUCUUUCAGGCUCAUGGCCUGUUCUUCGUUUUGGGCACUCAGCUCCACGUCUUUGUUUUCCGUAAAGGAGAAUGGGACACAGCUACUACCAGACUCUUUAGGAACUUCACCCUGGGCAUUGGGUUGCUGACGGCAGCCCUUUCCCGGGGAGCUCCUGAGACCUUCCCGACCAACGCAGCUGCGCUUAAGACAGCUGGGUCUCUCACGGCCGCGCUCGUCGCUGGAAUCUACACGAGUUUGCUUGUGUACCGCGCGGCAUUCCACCGGCUCAAUGGCUUCAAGGGACCGUUCCUGGCGAGACUCUCAAACCUGUGGAUCACGUCGCGAGCUGUCAAGGAGUUGCACAUGUAUACCGAGGUUCAACAACUCCAUGAACAAUACGGCGACAUCGUAAGAAUCGCGCUUAGAGACUAUGAGUUCCGGGUUGCCGACUACACCAAUCAGCUACUUGCAAGCAUCGAUAAGAACAAGGGAAAGCCAUUCAAUAUUUCAGAUUGGUUCAACUUUUACAGCUUCGAUGUCAUGGGAGACUUGGCUUUCGGCAAGUCCUUUGGCAUGCUCAAGGAAGGCAUCAAGCACUACUUUAUGACUUCCUUACACCAAGACAUGCAGGCUAUUGGCAUGUUCAGCCAUAUGCUAUGGCUCUUCCCCAUCUUCAAAAACACGCCAGUCUUGAAUGAAAACAACAAGCGGUUUUGGAAAUUUGUCACAUCUCAGGUGGACGAGAGAAUCGCGAACCCCCCGGACCGCCCAGACGUCUUCUCAUGGAUCUUGGAGGAGUACCAAUCCCUCAAGAACCCGACUUGGCAAGACACCCUCAACCUAUACGGCGAUGCCUACCUUAUCAUCGUUGCAGGAAGCGACACUACAGCUGCAUCCCUUACUUGUCUCUUUUUCGAGCUAGCCCAGAAGCCGGAUGUCUACCAACGUCUAAGGGAGGAGAUCGACGACUACUUUGCGCAGAAUGCGGAGCCUGAACACUCCGCACUGUCAAAGCUCCCGUACCUGCAGGCGUGCAUCGACGAGACGUUGAGGCUUCACCCUCCCGUUCCGUCGGGCGUGCAGCGCAUGACCCCGCCCGAGGGCAUAGAUAUUGACGGGACGUUCAUUCCGGGUGACACAAUCAUCCAGGUGCCUACGCACACCAUGUUCAGAGGCAAGUCUCAAAAAGAAAUGGUUUCAUCUUUCAUCGUUGUCUCGGCUGAUGGAGUGUAUGAGCGCCUGUUCCCGCAGGCAAACGAGUUCAUUCCCGAGCGGUGGACCUCUCGGCCCGAUCUGGCCAAAGACCCUGCCGCAUUUGUUCCCUUUGGUACAGGUAAGCACUUAACUUCAUUACCUCCCUCACCUGUUUGGGCCGAUCGGUGCGACGUGAGAGCUGACGACAAGGAUGAAUCACGGCAGGCAAGUACUCGUGCGUCGGAAAGCAGCUGGGCUUGA